GGCCGUCAAUUCAGUACCCCGUAGAACGUUGAUUGAGCCGGUUGGUGGAGUGUACCCUUUAUGCUUUUAUUGGCAGCAGAGCACCGGUUCAGAGCCACAGGAGCCACACCCAUCAUCAUCUUCAUUAUCAACCUUUGCACCGUAUUCUUGACCCGGUCCAGAUUCGCGUGAGCUCGGUUGAAACGUGUUUUGGGUUUUUUUUUUUGUUGAAGAGCAAGAUUUACAUAAUAAUAGCAACGUUCAGGCGGUUAAAUUGCUGCCUCGGAAACACAAUUCUCAGAGGAAGUACAAACUCAUCAGCCCAAACCCCACCGAAAGCUACGGCCGGCCAGUAGACAGUGUCACAACAUCAAAUCACAACGCAAUCAACGGCGCCGUAGCUGAAACCGGAAUGACCGAAUCAUCGAAAGAGUCUCAAUCCGUCCAGCUGCCGGAAUUCGUCCGGCAGUCGGCCAUCCGGGCAGCCGUCAAUCUCGGGUUCACACCGGACAAGUUCCACGUCCGGUUCGAGGCCGGUUCCAACUGCGAUGGGUUGGUCGGAGAAAUUCAUCGGGUCACAAUCACCGAAGGGAAUCGCCAGGAGGAUCUUUUCUGCAAGAUUCCUCCGCUGAGUGCAGCCCGCCGGGAAGAAUUCAACUCCAUGACCCUAUUCGAGAGGGAGAUCAUUCUGUACUCGACCGUACUGCCGGCCGUGUUCGAAUUUCAGCGCGCCAAAAAUGUACCGGAAUCGGAAGGAUUUUUUAACGUACCGAAAUGCUACUUGACCCUUUUCGACGCCGAUAGCGAGGAAUCGGCGAUACUGAUGGAGAAUCUAAGCAAUAAGGGUUACCGAAUGGGCAAAAAAAUCGAACCCGUUGACCUUGACCAUGCUCGAUUGGUGAUGACAAGCUUGGGACGGUGGCAUGGACUGUCGUUGGCUCUUAAAGAUCAGAAACCGGAGCUCUUCGAACGGUUCAAACUUCCCGAUGUGUUGCUUCCGGCCGUCAAAAACAGCGAUCAGUUGGUGGCGAUGUUCGCAGCUGCCCUGGAAAAUGCUAUCUCUUUGCUGGGACCUGAUGACGAACAGGAACGAACAAAAAUGGAGGCUUUGAGGGAUGAUCAUAUACAGAUGCUUGAGGUAUGCUUAGAUGGAACGAAGGCCGAACCGUACGCCGUAUUGAACCAUGGCGAUUGUUGGAUAAACAACCUCCUGUACGGAUACAAGGACGGCAAACCCAUCGAACUGGCGCUCAUCGAUUGGCAACUGGCUCGCUACGUAUCGCCCGCCUUGGACGUCCUGUACUUCCUGUUCUGCUGCACAGACGAUACCUUCCGGACGGAACACUUCGACGAAAUGAUCCAAGUCUACCACAGUUCGUUGACGGCCCUGCUCGAACGAUUGGGAAGCGAUCCCGAAGCGCUGCUUCCCUUCACUGCCCUGCAAGGCCAGCUCGAAAGUUUCGGCAAGUUUGCCGUCCUCAUGGCGGCCUUCGACGUUCCCAUCCUUUGUACGGAUCCGGCCGAAAUGCCGGACCUGAAUGGAGGAGAUCUGGCCGAGGGUUUUGCAGCGUCACCCGAAGCGCAACUGAGGUAUGCCAAUCGGAUGGGAGGCAUCAUACGAGACGCGGUCAGAUAUGGCUAUCUCUAGCGUGAUGGUGGUAGAACAGUAUUAAUGAAUUGAACGACUUUAUGAUUGAUA